AUGUGCGAAAAACGCCGAUCAUAUCUCCUCCGAACACAUGGCCAAGCAAUUCAACGUUCGGCCGGUGGUUUUCCCCUCCGUCCCCAACAGCGCCGCCCCCCAACCGCCCCCUUCCAACCUCAGAGAUCCCCCAACCCCCUCCCCUUCCUCUCCUUCGACGUCAACUCCGCCGCCGCAUCCACCUCCUUCUCCUCCGCCCCACACUUCCCCUCCACCGCCGUCGCCGGAGGAAUCGGCGCCGCCGGAUUCGACGACGAGCCGCCGCUCCUCGAGGAACUCGGAAUAAACACCAAGCAAAUUUACCAAAAAACCCUCUCAAUCCUCAACCCCAUCAGAGUCAACCACCACCUCCACGAGGACGCCGAUCUCUCCGGACCAUUCCUCUUCCUCAUCGCCUUCGGCCUGUUCCAGCUCCUCGCCGGAAAAUUGCACUUCGGAAUCAUCCUCGGGUGGAUGACGAUGGCGUCGAUGUUUCUGUACGUCAUCUUCAAUAUGCUCGCCGGCAGAAACGGAAACCUUGACAUGUACAAGUGCCUGAGCCUGCUCGGAUACUGUAUGCUGCCGAUUGUCAUGCUGUCGGUGCUCUCUCUCUUCGUGCCUCGGGGCGGAUACGUGAUAAUGGCCUUAACAGGGGUGCUCGUGAUUUGGGCGACACGUGUCUGCACGAGAUUGGUCGUCGAGCUUGCCAACUGCGGGGACGAGCAUGCCAGGCUCAUAGAGUAUGCCUGCUUCUUGAUUUACAUGCUUUUUUCUAUGCUUGUUGUUUUCUGAUUCGAAUACGUUAUUUUGUUUCUUUGUCUAUUG